UUUAUUCUGAAAUCACCAACCAGAAGUCUGUGAACAACACGUGACUUGACGCUUUUAAUCUUGUGAUGUUGCUGUUGAUGUCUGAGAAAAAACAACACGGGUACCACUGUUAACAAUAACCACAAGCUUCGACCUGAAGUAUAUCCUAACACUGAUGUCCCUUGAUGAUUUAUAAGGUCAACAACGGGAUGUAGCCUAUGGUCAUGGCAUAUGAUGAGAGACUUGCACAUUUCCGCCAAACUCGCCUCAAUCCCUUUGAUCGUGGAGAGGAAGAAGAUGGCCCCCAUGGAGGCAAGGCGCCCCCGCAGCACGAAGCAAGACCAGAGCUGUUCUCUGGGACCAGAAUCCACAGCUCAGACCGGACCAUGGACCUGGGUCUAGCUGAAGACCACUUCUCAAGGCCCAUGGGUUCAUUUGUGGCGUCCGACAUUGAGCAACUGAAACUGGCCAUCGAGGAGUGUAAAAAACUAAUCCUGGAGCUGCCAGAACACUCAGAGAGACAGAAGGACACAGUAGUGAAGCUUAUCCACCUCCGUCUCAAACUGCAGGAGCUUAAGGACCCUGAGGAGGAUGAGCCUAAUCUGAGAACUCUACUGGAGCACCGCUUUUCUAAAGAGAAGAGCAAGAGCGUGAAGCAGACCUGUGACAAGUGUAGCACUAUCAUCUGGGGUCUUAUCCAGACCUGGUAUACUUGCACAGGUUGCUAUUACCGUUGCCAUAGUAAGUGUAUGAACCUGAUCACCAAGCCCUGUGUCAGGUCAAAGGUCAGCCACCAGUCGGAGUAUGAGCUCAGCAUCUGUCCUGAGAUUGGACUGGAUCGGCAAGACUACCGCUGUGCAGAAUGCCGUACACCUAUUUCACUGAGGGGUGUGCCAAGUGAAGCCAGACAGUGUGACUACACAGGCCAGUAUUACUGCAGCACAUGUCACUGGAAUGACACAGCCAUCGUACCGGCUCGCGUCAUUCACAACUGGGAGUUUGAACAACGAAAGGUGUGUCGCUCCUCGAUGCGUUACCUGGCCCUGAUGUUGGCACGACCUGUGCUGAAGCUGAAAGAAAUCAACCCGCUGCUGUUCAACUUUGUGGAGGAACUGGUGGAGAUCCGGAAACUGCGACAAGAUAUUCUGCUGAUGAAACCUUAUUUCAUUACCUGUAAGGAGGCCAUGGAGGCUCGGCUAUUGCUGCAGCUACAAGAUCGGCAGCACUUCGUGGAGAAUGAUGACAUGUACUCACUGCAAGAUUUGAUCGACAUCUCAAGCGGCAGACUCAGCUGCUCCCUCACUGAGAUCCAUACCACAUUCGCAAAGCACAUCAAACUAGAUUGUGAUCGUUGUCAGGCCAAAGGAUUUGUAUGUGAGCUUUGUAAGGAGGGCGACAUCCUGUUUCCUUUUGACAGCCACACCUCAGUCUGCCAUGACUGCUCUGCUGUCUUCCACAGGGAUUGUUAUUAUGACAACUCCACAACAUGUCCUCGGUGUGCAAGGAUGACUGAUCGCAAGCAGGACGAGGUGACGGAUGUGAAGGAUGCAUAACUCUGGAGAGGACGGCUGGAUUUUGCACUUUGCCUGGUGGUGUUCUCUUCUCUGACUGAAGACUAGCUUUCCGUCUUGUUCUUGGUUUGUUUUGUGCGUAUGUUUAAACUUGUAGUGUCUUAAUGUUCCUGUGCACUACAUAAUGAAGCAGGGUACCCCAAAAACCCACUUGAAAAUUAUUAAUAUAUAUAUUUUUAUCAAACUUUUUAAUUCAUACUGAAAUGGUUGAACUGAACACUGUUUGCGUGUGUUUGUGUGGGUGUCUACUUGUGCACGAUAACAGAAUACAUUACCUAGAGAGAAAAGACACCCAAACAGUCGGUGAUUUUGCAUGCAGGAAUUGUAUAUCAACAGUUGGAAGCCUCAGCUGCAUUUAUCUCUACUGCCAACUUAGAUAGAUACUUAGCAUAAUAGUUGCAUAUAUUUAAAAAGUAGAAGCAUUACGACUCCAGAUUCAAGAGACAACAUCACAAAAAUUAUAUCAACCAGAACUCUGCCUUCAGCCUCAAGUUGUGUGUAUUUCUUUUAAAAAACGGUAAACACGCUCAAAGCUGAGUGGGUAACCUUGCACUGAUCUCCCUGAUAACAUGAUUUCAAGACAUCAAUUUGGGUCUUAUGAUUUAUAUUGUUUAAUGUUUUACAUCAGGAAUUAAUUUAAUCUAUUUGACAAUGUGAGCAUAACACCACCAACUUCUUUUCUACUUUUUACUUACAUUCCAACAUUAGCUCAUAUAUAUUUUUUUAUUUUCAUGCCUACUUUCUUCCUAGAGUUGUAUUCUUUUGAUCAGUUUGACAUUUUCAGGUUUAAUCAAGUCUUGCAACUGAACUAAGUUGUAACUAAGUAAAGGCCAGUUGUUUCUCAGUUUUCAAUAAGAAAAACCUAGAUAAUGGGAAAACUUACCGGCAAGUUAUGAAAAAAAUAUUACAUAUAAGCAGUAAUUAAAACCAUCAUGUGAAAUAUACAUACAUAUACAGUAUAUCUGCAACAGAAAACAAGCAUGCAUUGUUAGUAUAUUUAUUUGGUAGAAGAAUCAUGAACUUUUGUUUAAAACUGUGAACUCAUUGUAGCCGGUCUGAUCUGUGUUGAACCAGGUUCAGUUUAGUGCACUGUGUAGCAAAUAGAUGUGAAAUCUUCUGAACAUUGUGUGCCUAAGUUCAUCAGGUUACAAGCAGCUGUUAUCAAAAAUGUCUUAAUACACUAACCAUCAUGUUAAUGGUUUCAGUCUUACAUUUCCUGUAGCACAUUAUAUCCUGAUAUGAUAAAGAUGUGAAGUGACACCUUUGAUAAUGUGUAAAUGUUUAAUGCUGAAGUAUUUGUUUUAAAAUAAUCAGUUUUGGCUGUGUUAUCUUUCAGCAUGAAGUAUAGUACUUUAUUUUUUUUUAAAUUAUGCGUAGACAUGGUUUCUGUAAGAGCUGUGUCCUGUUGGAAAAAUCGUGGAAUAAUGCAUGAAUAAAGAUAUGAAAUGUA